CUGGGGGCCGCUGUGAUGCCGCAGCGACACAAAGAGCAGGAGAAUGAAAACGUAUCGGUGCUGGUUGUGAUGUGAACACAGCGAAACCAUAAUGGCGACUGCUGGGACAGCAGACCCGGGAUCAACAGCCCCGACAGGGACCAGUGGCAUCUUCAAGGGGGGCCCUUCAGAGAUGCCUGGCUCCUCAGCCACAGCUCAGAGUAUGAAGAAGACCAUUGGACACCGGGGAGUUGAGACCACCACGGGAGAGACCACCUACAAAAAGACGACAUCCUCUGCCCUAAAAGGUGCCAUUCAGUUGGGCAUCACUCACACGGUUGGCAGCUUGAGCCAAAAGGCUGAGAGGGAUGUGCUCAUGCAGGAUUUUGUGGUUGUUGAAAGCAUCUUCUUCCCCAGUGAAGGCAGUAACCUGACUCCAGCUCAUCACUACAGCGACUUUCGUUUUAAAACCUACGCUCCCAUCGCCUUUCGUUACUUCAGAGAGCUCUUUGGCAUUCGACCAGAUGACUACCUGUAUUCCCUGUGUAACGAGCCACUGAUCGAGCUUUCCAACCCUGGAGCCAGUGGAUCUCUCUUCUACGUCUCCAGUGACGACGAGUUUAUAAUCAAAACGGUUCAGCACAAAGAGGCAGAGUUUCUCCAGAAACUUCUUCCUGGAUACUUCAUGAACAUAAACCAAAACAAGCGAACACUCCUGCCCAAGUUCUAUGGCCUCUACUGCGUCCAGGCGGGGGGCAAGAAUAUUCGUAUCGUUGUGAUGAACAAUCUCCUCCCCCGGAUCAUCCCCAUGCACCUCAAAUACGACCUGAAAGGCUCCACCUAUAAGAGACGGGCGUCGCCUAAAGAGAGGGAAAAAGCUGUUCCCACGUACAAAGAUCUAGAUUUUAUCCAGGAUAUGCCCGAUGGCCUGCAGCUGGAAUCAGACAACUACAAUGCCCUGAGCAAGACUAUUCAGAGGGACUGCCUGCUCUUGCAGAGUUUCAAAAUCAUGGAUUACAGUCUGUUGAUGGGCAUUCACAACAUGGACCAGGCCAGUCGAGAGCGAGAACGGGCUGGGGGCUAUUCGGCGGACAGCGGGGGGUCGGAGGGAGCGGUGACCCCCGAUCAGCGCCGGCCGCAAGCCCAGAAGAGUCUUUACUGUACGGCCAUGGAGUCCAUCCAGGGGGAGGCUCGGGGAAAGGGUGCUUUGGACUCAGAAGACCACAUGGGAGGUAUUCCAGCUCGUAACGCAAAAGGAGAGAGAUUACUCAUCUACAUCGGCAUCAUUGACAUCCUCCAGUCAUACAGAUUUGUUAAGAGAUUGGAGCACUCCUGGAAGGCCCUGGUGCAUGAUGGGGACACUGUUUCAGUUCACAGACCUGGCUUCUACGCAGAGCGCUUCCAGCAUUUCAUGUGCAGCACAGUGUUCAAGAAAAUCCCAUUAAAGCCUUCACCAUCUAAGAAGAGCCGUGGGGGAGGUCAAGGGGGGCUUAGGAGGGCUCCCACUCUGGGAGCUCCCACCCCACUCUCCCACGCAACAGGGCAGUCAGUUAUGGACCCCAGACUGGUGUACCACCCCCAUUUUAAAAGCACAGAGUCAGAGGCUGACAGUGUCCAGACAGGCAGACCAGAUCUGGUUCCCAGCACACCGCCGCUGCAGGACAACCCGGCUGAUUGCGAGGCCAACCUUUCCACCUCAUCAGUAGGCAGCCUAGAAUUUGCUUCCUCUCCUCCCCGAAGGUCUGUGGGGGUGGAGGUGCACAAAUCGGCGCACACAGACUACGACCACGGUGCUUUUCACAGUUUCGAGGUUGAAGGCAGUGCAGACAAUUCAGCCAACCUGUCUGGAAGCGAAGAUGUAGUUUCGCUAUCUGACAUCAUCCCUGAGACGAACAUCAAUUUUUAAACAAGUGCACAAUGCCAUCUAGAGAGGACGUGCCUGGAAGAGGCAAGGUGGGCAGAAGUAAGGAUAAAGACAGCGAAAGCCCUCCCACCCACCUCAGACCCCCUGAACUACCAUUUAUACUCAAAGGGGGUUGCUGGAGGAAGCGGUGAAGGCUGAGAUGAGAAAGAAAAGCAGUGAUGGGCCACCACAUGUCAGUGUGUGCGUGUAUGUAGUCUUUCCCAGCCAUCAACACUGUCACUGUGCACACACACACAUACACACACACACACACACCUGUCCCAUAGGUAACCCCAAAACGAUAUGAAUUGGAGUUAGGAUACCAAUUCCUUCAUUAUGUCAUUGAAAUAAUGUGGAUGUGGAUCAUGAGUGGUUAAUUGAGGACUUCUCGUUUUACUAUAAUGAUGAGUCACUUUUUUGUGUGUGUGGGCACAGACAGGAACGCUGCACACUGAAGAAGGUGUGAGUGGGAUCAUAGUUGUUCAUUUAAUCUUCCUGUUACAGCAACUUUUCCUUUGUCCUCACCUCGCAGGCACUCACACUGCGGUCAUUAGAUGUUUUCAAAUCAACACUUGCUGCUGUCUGUCCACCCUGCAAUCACAUUUUACAUUUCAAAUUGUGGAGGGUUUUUAAAAAAAAAUGUAAAUCAAAUGAGGUAACAGUAGAGGGAUGGCUCUCACCUGUGCAAGUCAAUCAGGCCGUAGUGGUGCCGCAGACAGUGGUGCUACAUCUCGCCACUGCCGAAUGUACACGCCUUCCCUCGUAGAAUGUGUCUUAUUACCCGAGAAGAACAUGAUGCAAGUCUCUGCCUCGCAUGUUGACCAUAUGUGCUAAAGGAUUGACGUGAAUGGUGGGAAGAGCUGUUUGCAGCCAGUAGAUGCUCUCCGAUGAAGUAUUAAGCUUUGACAACCAUUUCCAGCUGCGACCGUUUUGUCUUGUCGUGUCUGUGCCUUUUCAUGCGUUUCCCUCCCCUCAGUUGAAGUUUGAGCAGUUUGAGUGAACACACACAUGCCUUAUCACUGCAGACUAUAAUUUGCAUUUCGUCGUCGGCAAAUCAUUAUUUGCAAGGGUUUGAAAAGUAUUUUAGUGCAAUCCCUUACAAGGGACUAUUAAGGCCACACUGAGAAAAAUAAGUCAUACUGGUAUGAGAAUAAGGUAUGACUCCAUUUAUUAAUCAGGUAGUAAUAUUACAUAUUUAGAGGUGAUUGUGAACAAAGCCAACAAAGAGGUUUCAUUCUGUGUACAGUAGAGCACCACUUUUCAUGGGCGUUAUCUUCCGAGACCACCAAUAAAAUAACAUCAACGUGUGUUUUGGUGUCAUGAGCACUUUAAAUCUUGCAAAAUUACGACUUUUUCUAAUAUUAAGACUUUAUUCUCGAGAAACGUACUAUGUUGUGUUUUCCUUCAAAGAUAACAACUUUUAAUUGUAAUAUUACUUCAUUUGCCUAAUAUGACCAAAAAAAUAAUAUUUCGUAAAAUUAAGACUUUGUCCUCAUGUUUACAACAGUCUAAUCUUCAGCUUUAUUUGUGCAAAAUUGCAACUUUAUUCUUUUAAAUUUCUGAUUUGUUGUAAUUUUCUUUUUUCCAGGCCCUCGGACUUAAUUCUUGUGUCUCAUGUCAUAUUAUGGAAUUCAAUUCAAUUUUUUAAAUCAAAUUGAUAAAAUAUUGUGACUAUUUUUGUCUUUUGUCAUAAUAUUUGGACUUUAUUCUCAUAUUGUUCUUUUCAGUGUGGCCCUCAUACUCCUUUGUACUUUUAUUUAAGUGUUUUAAAUGAUCAGAAUGUCAGGAAUUAGGACAUGAAAUAUUGCUGAAAUAUUGGAAUAUACAUUCAUGUCAUUUUCAUUUUAAAAGUCUUGCAAGGAGUUUCCAUGUGCUGAUGAAUGAAUGUACGUAUGUCAGCCGCCUUGGUCACGCUGCUGAUUGCAAAGUGGCCACAAGAUGCCACUAAAUCCUCCACACUGGUCCUUUAAUGCUGUGUUUCCCAACCUUUAUUGAGCCUGAGCACAUAUUUUACAUUAGAAAUAUUUUUUGGCACACUACCAAACAAAAAUGUCACAAAAAGUACAUACAGUGGAACCUCGUUUUUUUUCACUAUUCCGUUCCAGUAGGUCAGACGAAAACAGAAUCAGAAUUGGUCCCAUAAGAAAUGAUGCAAAUCCAAUUCAUCCGUUCCAGACACCCAAAAAUAUGAACACUACAUAGAGAACAUUACAAUAAAUACUUAAAAAUAACAACGGAAAUGGAUAAAUGAACAUUUACCAUCACUUUUACCUUUUAUUGAAGCCUCUUGUUGGUAGGGGGUGUUUGACUUUAGUCAGUAACAAACUUAACUAUAUAGAAUGGACAGUUAAAGUUGUACACUUUAUUGUAGAGGUACAAUCAUCAUUACACACAUGGGCCCGGCUCACUUUCUGUUAUCUGUCUCCGUUAAACCACACCCCCUUGCGACCUGUGUAAAAGGUUUACAUGACCUUUACAUUACGAUCCUAUUGUAACAGACGCUACCUUUUGUACUUAUGGAAUUCAAUAUUGUUUCUCACCUUCUUUAUCAAAGCACUUGCUGCAUACUGGCAGCCACACUCCAUUAAAAAAAAAAAAAAAAAAAAGCACAAACUGAACACGCAGUGAAUACGUAGUGUGCUUGAACGCCUCAUCAGUGCAGAGUUGUUCAUUGUUCUAAUAAACCGUACACACACAUAAUAAAGAUGAUUCCCUUGCCAGGACCUGUCUCUAAAGUCCCAACUCUUGGGCCCUAUCAAAUCUGUUUUAUUUUUUCCCAAAUUCCGUUUUGUCCGUUUUAAUUUGAACCUUUUACACUUAUUUUACCAGCAUAGAGUGUGUGCUUUUGUGAUAAUAAAUACAUGUAAGUGUAACUUUUCUAAGGGGAUGUCAUCCUCUGCACACAUUGCAACAAAAUCCUCAACAAAUGGUAAAAAAAAAAAAAAAGAGGUCGUCACCAAUGCAAUUCCAAUUGCGCUAUUAAUGUAAGAUAUUUUUAUGACGCCGUGAUUUUGUUUACACAAUUAGACAGUAUGUGGCGAACAGUGCUCUUACUUUGAAGGCUGCAAGUGUGUUGUCUGUCGACGGUUAAGAGAAGCUGGGAGCACGAAUUAAACGUGCCUUUCGUCCUUAUUUGCACAACGUCGGCGGGCAUCAUAAUACGCUCGUUGGCAUUAACAAACGGAAAAACACAACACGUGUACACACACUCAUACAGCCGCACUAGCAUGCUCUGUUCAAGUAAGCUAACCCCGGCUAGCUUCCAUUCACGCGCCUUAAGAGAAGACUUUCAAAGGUUUUUUUUUUUGGCCAACUUCUGCCAGCGUUUCAGGUCGCCGUUUCACCAUGCUUCGUUCAAGGGGGGGGUGGGCUAGUGUUUUUGAUGAGAUUCCACCAGGGAGAUACUCCCCCACACAUUCACAUAAUGACAGAUUUUGCGUUUAACAGUAGAUUUAGUUUUUGUUGGAAAUUCCGCCAUUCCAUCUGGGAUUUUGUUAACGUGGAAAUCGUAGGGCCCUACAAUGCUGAAAGGACCACUGUCUGUUCUUCACAGUCACCGAUGUGUGGAUGCUUGGUUUGGGAAGCAUACCGACUAGUGUUUUAGGCGCACCGUUUGACCCUAAGAAAACCGAGACAUUUUUGUAGAAAACUGGGACGUAGGAAAACCGAGGUACCUCUUCCACUAGAUGGCAGAAGGUACAUCACUAACAUAACCGUUUAUGUUAGUGAUGUACCUUCUGCCAUCUAGUGGAAGAGCAUUUCUUUGUUCUGCCUGUCACUAUGCAGUCAGUAUAUUGCUGGCACAGAUAGAUGAGCAAAGAUAUAUUAUUUGCAGUAAAUACAUAAAGAAUUUUCAGACCAAUGAAGUGAAAUUGGAUAAUUUACGGCGACACACUCUAUGAUCUGUCACGGCCGGUGGUUGGGAAACACUGCUUUAAUGCAUCUACACUGCACUCAGGCAACAGACAGCUGAUGGAGUUUGUCUGUUGUUGCUCAUUUCUGCUGGUUACAGAAAUGAUGGUGCCUGCAUCCACUCCUGGACCAAUUAUUAAUAAUAACUAUGUGUACAAGUAGUGGUUUUGUAUUUUAUUAUACUGUAUGUAGUCUUAUUCAUAAAACAUGCUUUUGCUUCCAUGCUGUUGCUGCUCAGAGCACUGCAUGGCUCAUUGAGGUGGCAUUCGGGGUGCUUUUUAUUUUUAAAACUCGCAACAGCGAGAGGUUUCACAUACGUUCGCUAUACGUGACUUCAUCUCAGCUGCUGUCGUUUCAUCCGCAUGAGAGGGAGGAAGGUGCAGUAGUGAGUCUUGACUUCGUAGACUGAAACAGGGAAAAAAAAAAAUCUCAUGUUCAAUGCAAAGUUUGUUUUCUGAACCAGUUACUGCACCAAAGAGAGGAGGAAGAGUUUUGCAAAAGGCACUCAAGUCCUGCAAAUGUUCUCGAUCCAGUUAUGGUAACGGUAAUAACACAGGUUUUGACUUGUGCUUUAAGGGGCCCUAUCCUGCAUUUGUACCUUUUCAGACUUAUAUGUAUACAUACUGCACGUUCAGUGUGUCCCCCAGGACUGCAAUCUAACAGCCAUGACGCAUUUAAGUACGCUGUGGCAUACCUGUCAACAAGCCACCUAGCCCCCUGUGGACACAUCCCGUUAUAAUGUGUUUAUGAGCGAGGGUUUAGUAUUGAACUCUGAAACUGCAAAGUUAUCAGAUGGACUCAUCGACUUCAAGUGUGGACUCGGACCUGCACACGCUAGUACAAGAUCAUGUUGUUGUGUCAUCUAAUGAAAUAAAGUCAAUGUCCGCAUCUUACAUGCAUAUAAACUGAAUUAAGUAAUCCCUCGACACGUCGCGCUUUGAAUUUUGCAGCUUCGCUCUAUCACGGUUUUUCAGAGUGUUUUCAAAUCUAGUCUAUCGCGGAUAAUUGUUUGAAGAUCCGACCGCGAUAAGUUAAUUUUCGCAAAGUAGGUUGGAAUCCUGUUUACGAUCUUUUAAAAUAUGUUUUUCAACAUUAUUAGAAUUCGCUAGACAUGAAGUAACACCCCUGUAGUCACCUUUACCUUUGUAUUACCCAAUAUAGUAGAUAUAAUCAGAGAAAAUGAGACGUAUUAGACGUAAAUAAGGUAACAUAGACUCACACGUUAGCAGUUCCUUGUUUUGUUCUGGACAGUGUGCUUCAUGCAUUGGUUAUUGUCUCAUCAAUGUAUUGUAACGGCAGCUUUAAAUGGCUUUAUAUUCGUAUUAGCCAAUAUAGUAGACAUAAUAAGAGUAUAUAAGCCAUUUAAGACUUACGGUAACAAAACUCCUGUUUGUGUUUGUCACAGUAAAUAUGUUCCUUAGGGGAGGACAGCUUGACGUGGUUUAUGGCUCCAACAGUAGUCCGUGUUGUUAUUGUGAUUAAUAUCUUAUUUUAUUAUUGUGCCUGUUGUUAAACGUGCAUUAAAUGCCACGUCUGGUGCUUAUCUCACCUAAAAAUUACUGACACCUAGUGGCAAAUGUAGAAUACUACAUUCAUAAUUACAAUGCUUUUUAUACCUUGAAUUUGUGUUUUAGUUCAUUUAGUUGUUCAUUUAGCCAUUGCUAUGCUUGAAAAUGCUUAAUUUAGGCCAAGCGUACGUACAAUUUGCUUAAAUGAUUUUUUUUGAAAAAACGCGAUGGAGUGAGGUUGCGAUGUUCGGACCGCAAUGUAGUGAGGGACAACUGCAUUUUAUUAAAAUAAAGUCCCUAUAGUGCCUCACUGGGUCCUAUAUCAUUUCAAAAGCCUCUGUAAUGUGCAGGAUAGGACCCCUUUAAAUACGUCUUUUUAAACCGUUUUGUUUAUGUCCGAUAAGCUAUAUUCAGUCACUGUUUUUCUUCUAUCAAGUGAGUCGUUGUCGCUGGAAUGUAUGGAGAUUGAUCAGCACAUUCCUGUGAAAUUCUAAGUAUAAUUGACUUCAUUUGUGGUAGCUUUGUAGAGCCAUCUUUUUCUAGUCCAGAUAUUCUUAGUGUUAAAACCAAAAUGUAAAAAUAUAUAUAUAUAUCCAUGAAAAGUUGGAUUUAGUUGGUGUUGAGUUCGAAACUUCUAGAUUCCGUUGUGUGUGUGUGUUUGCGUUGAAUUUUGCCUGACAGUAUCGUCUAACGCAGGGUUUCCCAAGCCAUUGGCAGCCCAAGAGCCAAUUUAGAAAAGUGGCUCCUCCCUUGAGACCCAUUUUGGGUCCGCACCCUAAGUUUGGGGAGUCCUGGUGUAAUAGCUGGAUCCAAUCUGCCUUGCAUGAAAACAUCCUCCUCUGGUGCUUCAAUGUUUGGACACUACAUUUUGUUAAGAGCCAAUGCAAUAGCAACCACAGUCUGCCAGCACCCCCGAUACACAGAAGUAUAUUUAUUUAAAAGACGAAGUUGUAUGCUUGUACUGUCCGGAAGGAUUCCUGAAACGCUUAUCUACAGUAUAUAUGAAGAAGACAACUUUUUUGUGUGUUGUUUUUUAACAUUUUAGAUUGUGUAACGACAAAAUAGAAUCUAUUCUCUCCACAAUGGGUUGUUAAUCUCCUGUGCUUUUUUUUUUUUUUUUUGUACAUGAAUGUUUUACAUGAGCCAAUUGUUGCUGGUUGUCUGAGUACUCUUCAAUGACUAUAUUUCUACAAGAUGCGUGUACAAAACUGUGUAUAAUGUACAUAGAAGUCACUGAAAUGCCUUCUCAUGCAAUAUGUGCUGCCUGUACGCUCCUACCAUGUUUCAGUUAAUGUGGUGGUGGUGAUGUUUUCAUGCAUUCAAAGAAUUAAACACGUUUUGUAAAUCUUCAUCGUGCUCCAUCACUCACUUGCUCGUCACUUUACUACCAGGAGUGUCUGAGAUUCAUACACACGGGAACAUCCCAAUCGUGGGUGUCCAAAGUGUGGCCCGUGGCACAUUCGAAAAAUACAAAUAAAAAAGGAAAUUGAAAAUAACAGCAAACAUUUUUUUUAUUAUUAAUUUCACUGGAGUAAAAUGAAAACAUUGGAA